AUGGCUACUGCUGGCCACAGACAGCUUCCGAAGCCGGAGAAUUUUUCCGAUCGGAACAUCCCCACGACGUCGUAUUCAUCGCCGUCUGCUUCAGUCCCCUCGAAUUCGAACAAGAAGAAAUGGUCCAACUUUCUCCCAAUUUUGGUGGGUUUAGUGGUGAUUGGGGAGAUCACGUUUCUGGGCCGGCUCGACAUGGUGAAGAACGCUGACCUGGUCAACUCGUGGGCCGACUCGUUCUACCACUUCACCGGGGCCUCAUCGUUUUCCUCUUGGUCAGCCGAUGAUGCAGUGGAGUCGGGCCUGGAUCAGGAUCAGGAUCACGGUCCGGGUCUGGGUCAGGGUCGGGCCUCCGAGCCCGAGGAAAGCUGUGAGGCGUGGUUGGAGAAAGAGGACUCUGUACCUUACUCGAGGGAUUUCAAAAAGGACCCAAUUUUCGUGCGCGGGGCUUAUGAGGAUUGGAAUACCUGUGCUGUUGGGUGUAUGUUUGGGUCUGAAGUUGGUGCCGGCAAGAAAAUUGAUGCUGAAUUCGGGCUUUCGCACGAGCCUGGCGUUGCUGGGGUUCAUAGGUCAAUGGAGUCGGCCACAUAUUAUUCCGAGAAUGACAUUUCAAAUGCAAGACGGAGGGGAUAUAAAGUUGUGAUGACGACGAGCCUUUCAUCCGAUGUGCCCGUGGGAUAUUUCUCGUGGGCUGAGUAUGAUAUAAUGGCUCCAGUCAAGCCGAAAACCGAGAAAGCCCUUGCUGCUGCUUUCAUAUCUAAUUGUGGUGCUCGGAAUUUUCGACUUCAAGCAUUGAUUGCACUCGAGAAGGCAAACAUCACAAUCGAUUCUUAUGGGGCUUGUCAUAGGAAUCAUGAUGGAAGCGUGGACAAAGUGGAAGCUUUGAAGCGGUACAAAUUUAGCUUGGCAUUUGAGAACUCCAACGAGGAAGAUUAUGUCACGGAGAAAUUCUUCCAGUCUCUUGUAGCUGGUACUAUUCCUGUUGUCAUUGGAGCCCCUAAUAUCCAAGAUUUUGCUCCCUCUCCCGAUUCGUUAUUGCAUAUCAAGGAAGUUAAGGAUGUUGAUUCUAUUGCCAAGACAAUGAAGUAUCUUGCCGAUAAUCCCAAGGCAUACAAUGAAUCAUUGAGAUGGAAGUAUGAAGGGCCGUCCGAUUCUUUUAAAGCUCUUGUUGAUAUGGCUGCAGUGCAUUCUUCAUGCCGACUAUGCCUUUACUUGGCGACCAAGAUUCGAGAAAAAGAUGAACAGACCACCCCACAAUUCAAGAAACGACCCUGCAAGUGUACCCGUGGCUCGACAACCAUAUAUCACAUUUACGUGAGAGAAAGAGGGAGGUUCGAAAUGGAGUCCGUUUUCUUGAGGUCGGACAAUUUAACCUUGGAGGCUUUAUCUUCUGCUGUAUUAUUGAAGUUCGAGUCUCUAAAGCACGUGCCCAUAUGGAAAACCGAGAGGCCGGUAAGCAUAAGAGGUGGUGAUGGCCUAAAAGUCUACAAAUUAUAUCCCGUGGGAUUGACUCAGAGGCAAGCUUUAUAUACAUUUAGUUUCGGUGGAGAUUCUGAUUUUAGGCAUCACAUAGAGAGCAACCCGUGUGCCAAAUUCGAAGUCAUAUUCGUUUAG